CUCUCCUCGGUCACACAUGAUGACCUCACGCCUAGAAGCCUACCUGUAUCCUUUGUGAUACGGCGGCCAUUACCCUUCAAACUGGCCUCCUAGUGUGGCAGCAUGAGCUCUCCGAGAGAUAUUUCCUCCCAGGGAACCGAUUUUGGCCUGGAGGCUGGAGAGCACACCGAGUUCCGCCCCGCCAACCCCGCACCCCGGCGGGCACGGGUCCUGGCCCUUGAUUUUGGGCCUCCCGGGAGCGGCGAAGGUGAGGGUGUAGUCUUAGACCACGAGGGUGGUCACAACCUCGACCUCCCAGACCACAGCCUCUCUGAGCUCACCUCAGAGUCCAAGGAGGAACUGAUAGUGGCGAAAAGGGGAGUUCUUUGGGGCUUCGAAGGCCGGCCUCGUUCCCCAGCAGAUGAGGAAGAGGGCGCUACCCUGGACCUCAUGCCCCACCUCAACAUUGAAUGUGCGUCCAUAGUGCAGCAGAGGUCCAACAUGGAGGCCCAGGGCACCCGCAGGCAAGGGCCACGUUGCCUGAACAUGCAUCGCAGAGAAUUCAUCAGUGGUAAUGCUGACACCAGAGCCCCCCAAGUUCCAGCAGUCUCCCAGCCUUUGACCAUGAGCCAGGGAGGCCUCCCACCCAGAGGGCCUGUACUCUCUGGUGACCAGGAACCAACUGUGCAUGCUCCAGUUCUGGAAAGGCAGCAGCCACUGCCUGGAGCACAGGGCUGUCCCCAGUGCCUUGUGCUCCAGAAAGAAAUAGAUGACCUCAAAAAGCAACUAGCGGUCCUGCAGUCCCUCACUGAUAAGUUCCAGACCCUUUGAAAUUGAAACCAGCAUCUUCACGGGAGACCACCAGCUAAUACCUGUGGAGCCCAGGAGCUGGGGUCAAGCUGGCUCCCUCCCCUUCUUCAGCGAUGGCCUCCUCUCCUGCUUCUGCACCCUGUUCACCCUUGUUCACAGCAGUGUCAAAUUAAAGUACCUCUCAUCUUC